AUGGAUCAAGCUUUCUCUCGCCGCAUGGGACAGAGCCUGCGUAUGGCGUCCCGUCCGAUUUGCUCUUUGUUCAUGGCUGCUAUCAAGGCCAUAGGUUAUAUGUUUAAAUGGUUCCAUAAUGAGGACAUUAAUCCCGAGACGAAAACGUUGGACACCUGGCUUGAGAACGACAGUGUGAAUUCUCGGGAAAAUAAAGAGUAG